AUGUACCAAGGCUUUGUCGGUGACGAAAUCGUGUCUCGGGCGGUUCUGCUCGUGUUGAUGGGAUCACGUCAAGUCUUCCGUGGCCGUCUCUCACGGCUGUGCGGCUCGAGGCGAGAGCUCGGUACUGGUGAGGCUGUACCGGUCUGGGUAGGCGCGCAGGCACAGGUGCAGGGUGGGCCGCGGAAAGAGGCGGAACGCUCGGUGUAUCGUGGGCAGGCACGCGCGCGCAUUACUGGCGAACAAGGCAGCGGCGAACGAGGGCAGAGGCGCAGAGCGGCGGAGCCCAAAGCUUCUUCCAAGGGAGCGGAGCCGCGUCUUCGCAACAACGGCGGCGGAAAUUUCUUAUGGGCCAUUCUCUCGCUGGGCAACGUACACCUGCACACCUGCACCUGCCGCCCUGCCCUGCACGCAGUCUCUCGUAUGGAUGUAGAUCCCAGCGAUGCGAUCCUUCUUCGACUACGCCCAAACUGGCCCAGGCAGGGCACAGAGGGCCCGUCUCGCGACCGUUUCCAAGAUGCUACGCGACCGCCACAUCCAACCUUAUUUUCGCCAACAGAGACCGGUCCGGUUGCUGCCACCACACCAGCGCUGACCACGUCCAUGGUGGCUGGGGGUGCUCGCAAGCAAGCACCAAACCAGGCAAGUCCGCGUCCAAUUCAAGUACCGUCACUGGCUAUACUCGUCACUAACCUGGUUGAUGAACGCAUGGCUGCAAUCGUCGUCGAAACUACCCGCUACCCGCGCAACGCGAACCACCUACCUGGAAUGACAUCAAGCUCAGGCCUCAAUCUUCCUCGGCCCUUUUGUCAUCACUUGCUCACUGAACAAUUACCGUGA